AUGCGUUUCACCACCACUUUCGCUGUCGCACCCCUCCUCCUCGCGUCCACGGUGCUCGCCUCCUUCGACGGAAACUUGAACUACAAGUCGCCGUCGAAGAGGCACCCUUGGUUGGGUAUCGAUCAGCCCAAGGUUGUCAAGCGCGCUACCACUGACCACCACGAUGCCUCGGCGUUGAACUUUACUCAUGGUGUUGCGUCCGGUGAUCCCUACUCAGACUCCGUCGUUUUGUGGACUCGUGUUGCUCCGACCUUCCAGGCUAGCAACUCUAAUGCUACUGUCAGUGACACCCAGCCAUUGUAUUACCACGGUAACAUUUCAUCUACCAACCCUAUCUGUGUCAAUUACAAGGUUACCGAGGCCAAGGACGUCUCCGGUGAUGUGAUUGCAGAGGGCACUGCCUACACUACCUCCGACGUUGACUACACCGUCAAGGUAAUCGCCGAGGGUCUCGAUGCCUUCACGACCUACUACUACCAAUUCUCUGUCUGUGACUCCAACAAGACCUCACCCAUCGGCCGCACCAAGACUCUCCCCAACGCCGACGAUGACAUUGAUGGAAGCGUCGGCUUGGCCGUCUACUCUUGCUCCAACUACCCUUUCGGAUUCUUCAACGCCUACGGAGGGCCCGUCCGCAAGGACUCGGUUGACUACGUCCUCCACCUUGGUGACUACAUCUACGAGUACAACGAGGGUGACUACGGAUGGGGUUACUCCAUCGACCGUACUCCCCUUCCCAACAAGGGCAGCGGGUUCGAGAUCACCUCUCUCUACGACUACCGUACUCGUAUCGCUCAAUACCGUACUGAUCAGGACCUCGCCGACUCUCACCGCUACUUCCCCUGGAUUCAGGUCUGGGACGACCAUGAGGUCGCUGAUAACACUUGGAAGGCUGGUGCGUCUUACAUGAACAAUACUGAAGACUCCUUCAUUCAAUUCGGUAACGUCUCCUUCGACCAGCGUAAAGCGAAUGCUGUCCGUGCGUACUUUGAGUGGAUGCCCCUCCGUCAAGUCGAUAUGGACGACAACCUCCGUAUCUGGCGUGACUUCUCCAUUGGGUCUUUGUUGGACUUGGUUAUGCUCGACACGCGUCAGUAUGAUCGUGAUAUCACGGACUUGUACUGGAACACCGACUACGUCCACGCCAUCUCCGACGAGCAGAGCCGUUCCCUCAUGGGUUCCCGCCAGGAGAACUGGUUCUACAAGAAGCUCUCCGAGUCCCAAGAGCGUGGAGCCGCAUGGCGCGUAAUCGGAAACCAAAUCGUGUUCUCCCGCCUCAACGAGUCCGUCGCAUACGGCUCCGAGAACCCCUUGAAUUACGAUGCGUGGGAUGGAUACCUGGCGAACAAGAACAGGACGCUUAAGCACCUCUACGAGAACGAGAUCAACAACACGAUUUUCCUUGCUGGUGACUCCCACGCUAACUGGGUUUCCGACCUCGUCUGGCUCGAUGAGCACUCCUACGAUCCCUCCACCGGUGCCGGAUCCAUCGGUGUUGAGUUCGCCGGUACGGCUGUUACCUCCCCUUCCCCCUUCGGUGCCAACAUCACCAUCGGAGCCGCAAACAAUAUCUCCACCGCCCUCGUCGACGCGAACCGCGAACUUCAGUGGUCCGAGACGUUCUACCGUGGGUAUUACGAGUUGCACCUCAACUACUCCACUGCGACUGCGCAGUACUAUGGAUACCCUGAUAUCAAGACCCGCAACGGCCAUGAGAUCUCGCUUGCAAACUUUACGGUGUAUGCGGAUGAGAACAAGUUGGCGAGAAACCCGAAGGUUGCUGGUGGUGUUGCAAAUGAUGGGUACCUCCGGGGUGGGAAGAUUACUCAGCUUUCCAAGUAGACGUAAAACUAUGUAUGAUGGUGCUUUCGGAUGGAAACUUCUCGUGAACUGCAUGAUUAGUACGACUUAGUGUCUUUAGAAAUAUACCUGGAU